CAGUUAGAGCUGGAGAGCCGUGAGGAUUGGACAUCGGAAAGUUUAGGACAUACCUUAAUGUGGAUAUUUUUAAGUAUAAAAAUUAAGUAUACGCAGGGACUGGUGCCCUUUACCGAGAAAAAGACAAGUUAUGGACUUUUGACAUUAGGUGGAGGACGCCACACAUCUUUCUACAUCAUUACGCAGGAGCGAUUUUUUGUUUGUUUGUUUUUCAGAUUCUGAAAAUCUCCACUCACUGCCGGGAUGUUCCGAUUAAACCAGUAACUGCAAAAGGUCCUUGAACAGGCUGUAAGAUGUCAGUUAAGAGUCUCCCCGGUUGAGUCCUCUUUCCUUCUAUGUCCAGUGCUGUGGCGCCCUCUGCUGUGUGACCGAGGAACGCCAGGAAAGGGGGCAGGCAGCAUGGGGAAUGUAAUUGAGGAAGGGAUGAACUCUAUCAUCGUCAGCCACUACAACCACUCUGGGAAGUGGGACCGGCCUCGCAGCGGAGGAGUCUGCAAGAUGGCCGUGCUGCUCUUCAUCUGCGUGCUGAUUGUCCUGGAGAACAUCACCGUUCUGCUCGCUCUCUGGAGGAACAAGCGCUUCCACAGCCGCAUGUACUUCCUCAUUGGGAACCUGGCGCUGUCAGACAUGCUGGCUGGUGUGGCUUAUGUAGUUAACAUCUUUACCUCAGGACGCAACACCUUCUUCCUGACACCAGUGCAGUGGCUGGCAAGGGAAGGGAGCAUGUUUGUGGCCCUCAGUGCCUCCACCUUCAGCCUUCUAGCGAUUGGGAUUGAGAGGCACAUGACAAUGGUACGCCUGCGUCCCUGUGAGACAGCAGGUCGAGGUAGACUUCUAGCGCUGCUGGCGGCCUGCUGGCUUGUGUCAGUGCUGCUCAGCGCUCUGCCCAGCCUGGGCUGGAACUGUCUGAACAAUCUGUCUUCCUGCUCCACAGUGCUGCCGCUCUAUGCUAAGAGUUAUAUUGCCUUCUGCAUUAGUGUCUUCAGCGCCCUGUUGGUGGCCAUCAUCAUCCUCUACAUCAGGAUUUACCGCCUGGUGACCUCCAGUGGCCGCAGGGUGAGCAGCCGGCCUUCAGAGCGCUCACUGGCGCUGCUGCGGACAGUGGUUAUUGUUCUUGGAGUGUUUGUCAUGUGCUGGGCCCCCUUGUUCCUCCUACUCCUGCUGGAUGUUGGUUGUAGCCCAGAUACGUGUCCUGUCCUCUAUCAGGUGGACUGGUUCAUCGCCCUGGCCGUACUCAACUCUGCCCUUAACCCUCUCAUAUACACACUGUCCAGCAGGGAGAUGAGAGCCGCCUUCUUCAGGCUGCUGUGCUGCUGUCAGACAACCAUGGAGUCCACAGGGACUCCCACCGCGGGCAACCCCCACCUCGGAACAGCCAUCCCCACAGCAGAGAACAGCAAGACUAGUUUUGGUGGAGGAGGGGGCAGUGGGGCUGGCAAGUCCACCCUGAACAGAGGGAAAGUUCCCACACCUGUGAACUCUGACAACAAGCAUGGAGAUCCUUCAGCCACUGCAGUGCCUCACCCCUCUGGGCCUGCGGACCUACUCUCUGCUGUGCUUGUGAAGGCAGGAGCUCUGCCACCCCUCAGCAAGUUCUGAGUGGAAGCUGCUGUGGAAACUUACGUCUUCAGCUUCCUUCAGUACAGAGGUACACACAGACUGUAGACUGGAUGCAUUCAGUAUCUUUUCUGGUUUUAUUGCAUGAAGGGAGAGAUACAAAGCCACAAAAAGAGGCCGCACAGUCACACAGGCCUGACACAGUCCUACUAUCUGCCACUUUUUGUUUGUGCACUACAGCUAGAGUAACAUGAAUACAAUAGCUCAGAUCUCCAGUUGAAAUCAGAUAAAUCCGGAUUGAAGAGUAGGGUACAGUUGAUAUAAUUUAAAGCCACUAUUUACAGCAACUCGCUGAUAGUAUGUAUACCCAGCACCUGAGGAACUGAAAUGUUUGUGCCACACAACAAUCAGUUUUAACAUAUGAAUGAAGCACAUUCAUGGAUGUGACAAUGAAAUCCUUGUCGGCUUAUCCAUGUCUGUGAAAAUAGUUGGCAACGGUUUACACAACAACAAUUUAAAUUCAUCAGUCUGUGUCUGUCCAUAUGUUUAUCUAUUAUUUUAUCAUUAGAAGUAAAAACGAUCAAAUGAUGGCACUUUUUUUUUGCGUGUGCUACACGCAGAAUCUGUUAAAACUCCUGCAUUUUCCAUUACAACUUGAUCUGGUUGACUAUUUUCUGUGAAAACAUUUGCCACCUUGAUAUUGUAAAGUAGUAUAUAUAUAUAUAUAUAUAUAUAUAUGUAUAUAUAUAUAUAUAUAUAUAUAUAUAGAUAGAUAUAUAUUUUUUUUUUUUUCUUUUUCCUUUGUGUGCAUAAAAACCCUGACGGUACUAGGACUGUAUUAUUGAUUACUUGUGAUGCACUGUGAGAGAAUACAAGACAAGGGGCCUCAUGAGGCUGCGACGCUUAUUACACAUCAGCGAACAAAAGCUUACGGCUCAAUUAAAAUGACACUGCUUUUGUUAGGCUGUUACCACUAGUGGGCAAGAAUGUGCUUUGUCCUGAUGGUGGUGCUAAAGGAAAAGUGAUGAUCUCUUUGCUUAAAUCACCUGCGUUCAACCUCUGCACCAAGGCCAUUUUUGGACAUUUUAGUACGUCUUUCAUCAGUCUGAGCUCUUUGCUUUGUCAGUGGAAGCUACAUUGCGAGCUCAGCUAGCAUGGCCAAUAUCUACACUUUCGACAAUGUUUGCUUCAGCACACCUCGAAACCACUCGCACGUCAACUAACCACUAGUGAAGAGUUGAAUAUGAAUUAUUUAAAAGUGGUAGAUUGUACAAAAAUGACAUUUCUUCCAAUAUAGGGUGAUGUAGUGCCUGGUAUUAUUAUGUAGUAAAUAAAUUAUAUUCCCUUUUA